GUAGCUGCAAAUCGACCUGCUACAUUCGCAUGGAAAAGGAUUUGGCUGCACUGUCAAUUAACGAAUAUCCUUUAAAACAUUCAGCUUUAUUGGAUUCAGGGUCAUCAAUUCACGUUUUCAAUGAGAUAGAAAGGUUUGUGAACUUCCGGAAAGCGACAGCAGGAGACUUCCUAUGGGCAGGCACCCACCAAGUACCUGUCUUAGGAUAUGGAGAAGUGGAUAUCGAAAUCCACGGCCUUGGUGGAAGACUUCAAAUUCUGCGCCUUUAUAACGUGGCAUACUGCAAGGACUUUGUGGCAAACCUGGUGUCUUUCCAACAACUAAGAAAGCAUGGAAUCUGGUGGGACACCAGAAGAGGCUUCAACUGCCUUCGGAACGAGAAAAAUCAAGUCCUUGCAUAUAUAAAAGAGAGGGAAGGUCAAUUUGUACUCGAACAUAUCGCCAACGAUCAUCCUCUCGUAAAAAUGGCCUUCAUUAUACGACGGCACCGCUUCAAUUCGUGGACAAGAUGGCAUGCUCGCCUUGGCCAUCCUGGACCCCAAGCUAUCGAACACCUUGCCACAAUGAUAAAAGGUGUAAGAGUGACUGGCCUAUCCAAAGGUCCUACCACUGUAUAG